GGGGACCUCAGGAGGAUGAAAGGUCGAUUCCAUGCAUUCGUGAAAAUUCAUAUGAUGGAUCAAAAUUCUAGUGGGCGCGGUGUGCGACAGCUCAAAACUUCUCUUCUUCAGCGCCUUCAGCAGGAUGAAGAGGUCACCAAAGCACUUCGAACUAAAAAAAGUGAUGCUCGUGAACUGGAAUAUCUCCAUCUUAAGAAGAAGGCUGAAAAUGCAUUUGAAAUUGCUUCUGUUCUUAUGGAAGUUCUAAAGGCAGUUCCAUUUGGUGACGGUCAUGAGCAGAGUCUUCCUGAUGGUCAGGACAUCGUGGAAAAAUCAGGAUCUUAUAGUCCAUACAACAUUCUUCCCCUUGAUUCUGGUGAUAACAAAAAUGCUAUAAUGCUUCUUCCAGAGAUUGAAGCUGCUGUUUCAGCUAUUCGCAAUGUUAGAGGCCUUCCAAGUACAGAGAACAGCUGUGAAACAGAGCUCCCUUCGGAUAUACUGUAUUGGCUGCAGAGCUUGUUUGGUUUUCAGGCUGGAAGUGUUUCCAAUCAACGGGAACAUUUGGUUUUACUGCUUGCUAAUAUGCAUGUUAGGCAAAAUCCUAAACCUGCACUGGCCACAAAGCUUGAUGAUAGAGCUGUGGAUGAGCUUAUGGCAAAAAUCUUCAAAAAUUAUAGAAACUGGUGCAAAUUUUUGGGCCGUAAUUGUAACUUAUGGUUACCAUCAGUGAAGCAGGAAAUACAGCAAUAUAAAAUUUUAUACAUUGCUCUCUAUCUUCUUAUCUGGGGCGAGGCUUCUAACUUGCGGCUGAUGCCAGAAUGCCUGUGUUACAUUUUUCAUCAUAUGGCAUACGAGUUAUAUGGAGUAUUAUCUGGUGCCGUUUGCUUAAAUACUGGAAAGAAGGUAGUGCCAGCUUAUGGAGGACCAAAUGAAUCAUUUUUGGGAAAUGUUAUCACCCCAAUUUACAAAGUUAUCAAUGAGGAAGCUCAGAAAAACAAAAAUGGUGUUUCAGACCAUUCAAAAUGGAGAAAUUAUGAUGAUUUGAAUGAAUUCUUUUGGUCGAACAAUUGUUUUAAGCUUGGCUGGCCCUUGCGUCUAGAAAAUGAUUUUUUUUUCACGUCAUUUUCUUCAGAGCAAAUUACUAAUUCUAAGGAGUCUCCAGAUGAAACUUGUGAGCAAAAGUGGUUGGGAAAGACAAAUUUUGUAGAAGUUCGUUCAUUCUGGCACCUUUUUAGAAGCUUUGAUCGGAUGUGGACAUUUCUUAUAUUAGCUCUCCAGGUAAUGAGUAUCUUGGCAUGGCAUGAAUUGGAGACACCUCUGGAUAUUUUUGAGCCAGAGGUCUUUGAUGACAUUAUGAGCAUCUUUGUGACUAAUGCAAUUCUUAGACUCUUGCAAGUGGCUCUCGAUAUUUCUUUGAUGUGGAAAGCAAGGCAUAACAUGGGAUUCAGUCAGAGAUUAAGAUAUCUACUAAAGUUUCUUGUUGCGUUAAUUUGGUCUAUCACUCUUCCCGUUUCUUAUGCUACGUCUCAAGGAAGUUCUGAAUGCUCCACCAAGCAAUUUCAGAGUGCUACUGGCAACUUUUGCAUGUCACUAUAUCUGAUUUUUGUUUUGAUAUACCUUAUGAGCAAUUUUAUCGGGAUGGCUUUAUUUUUUGUGCCUGCUAUCACCAACUACGUUGAGACAUCCAGUUGCCGGGCUUUUAAUAUGUUAUCAUGGUGGAAUAAGCCUCGUUUAUAUGUCGGUCGAGGGAUUCAGGAAUCCCAAGUAUCCCUUCUAAAGUAUACCAUAUUCUGGAUGAUUUUAUUGUCAAGCAAAUUAUUAUUCAGCUAUAAUUUUCAGAUAAAACCUCUUAUUAUACCAACGAAGCAUAUUAUGAAAGUUAAUAUCAAUACCUAUGAUUGGCAUGAGUUUUUUCCAGAAGUUCAAAACAAUGCUGGUGCAAUUCUUGCUGUUUGGGCCCCAAUCAUUAUUGUCUACUUUAUGGACAUGCAGAUUUGGUAUUCUAUUUUCUGUACAAUAUUUGGAGGAGUCUAUGGCAUUGUUCAUCACCUUGGUGAGAUUCGAACAGUUGAAAUGGUCAAAAGUCGUUUUCAUUCCUUCCCAUCAAUGUUCAAUGUUUCUCUUGUUGCUCAUUCAUCGCAAAGUAAAAAAGGGAGCAUCUUCAAAUAUAUCCUGCAGAACAAAGCUUUCAAGAGUACAGAAGUUGCGAGAGAUGAGCUUCCAAAGUUUGCUCUAGUAUGGAAUCAAAUUAUUGCUCAUUUCAGGUCUGAGGACUUGAUUAAUAGCAGAGAGAUGGAUUUGAUGAUCAUGCCACUUGCAUGUGAGUUUGGCGGGACUUCAGCACGAUGGCCCUUGUUUCUUUUAGUUAUGAAGUUUUCUACAGCUGUGAACAUAGCGAGAGAUUAUGUCGGAAAGUAUGAGAAGCUUUAUAAAAAAAUAAAAAAAGACAAGUACAUGUUCUAUGCUGUCAAGGAGUGCUAUGAUACAUUGAAUAAUAUCUUCAAUUUUCUUCUCAUUGGAGACCUAGAGAAAAGGGUCUUACGCGCUAUUUUUGAUGAAAUUGAAACAAGCAUUGGAAAUUCGAGCAUCCUAACUGAUUUCAAGAUGGCUGAGUUACCUGUUUUAAUUGAGAAAGUUAUCAAAAUGGUAGAGAUUCUGUUUGAAAAUAACCUAACUCAUCGAGAUGAACUGGUCAUUUCACUCCAAGAUGUCCUUGAAUUUCUCAUCAAUGAUAUGAUGGUCGACGGUGGCAGGAUACUGGAUAUUAUGGAUUCCUCCUAUGCUCAAGAGGGGUGUGUGGAUGUUUUCCUCUUGCAACAAGUAUCGCACAUGUUUAAAUCAGAUUCUAGGGGUUGUAUUGUUCCUUUCCCACAGCAUGACGAAGGACCUAAAAAUUCUGUUCUACGUUUCCCACUACCAGACAAAGGACUUUUGAGGGACCAGGUCAAACGUUUAUUUCUGAUGCUCACUGUCAAAGAAGCUGCUUCAGAUAUUCCUGCUAACUUGGAGGUCCGAAGACGCAUCUCUUUCUUUGCAACUUCCCUUUUCAUGGAUAUGCCUCCUGCUCCUAAAGUCCGCAACAUGUUGUCUCUCAGUGUAAUGACUCCAUACUUCAUGGAAGAGGUUAAAUUUUCUGAUGAUGAACUGCAUUUAAAUGAAGAUGGUGGUGCAUCCAUCCUCUAUUAUAUGCAAAAGAUAUAUCCAGAUGAGUGGAAGAACUUUCUGGAAAGAUUCAACUAUAACCCAACUGACGAGGACACUCAAUAUUGGGCUUCUUUCCGUGGACAAACAUUGAGCCGAACAGUAAGGGGAAUGAUGUAUUAUAGGAAAGCGUUGAAAUUUCAAGCAUUUCUGGACAUGGCCAGCAAUCAAGAUAUUGCCAAAGGAUGCAUUGCCAUUGAAAGAGAUAACAAUCAGAAAAACAGUCAACACUCCCUGGCAGCAAAGCUAGAUGCACUAGUUGACAUGAAAUUCACAUACGUCAUCUCCUGUCAGAUGUUUGGAUUACAAAAAUCUUUAGGGGAUUCUCAUGCUAAAGAUAUUAUUGAUUUGAUGUCAAGGUAUCCGUCUCUACGUGUUGCCUACAUUGAAGAAAAGGAAGAAAUUGUAAACGGCAAGCCUCACAAGGUUUAUUCUUCAGUUUUAAUAAAAGCUGUGAAUAAUUUAGACCAGGAGGUAUAUCGAAUCAGGCUUCCAGGUCCACCAAUUAUCGGAGAAGGUAAACCUGAGAACCAAAAUCAUGCCAUUAUCUUCACUCGUGGGGAAGCUCUACAAACAAUUGACAUGAAUCAGGAUAACUAUUUCGAAGAAGCUUAUAAGAUGAGAAACCUUCUGCAAGAGUUUAGUCGCCAUUCAGGCCAACAACGUCCAACUAUAGUUGGCCUUAGAGAACACAUAUUCACGGGAAGUAUAUCUUCCCUUGCUGGUUUCAUGUCUUACCAAGAAACUAGCUUUGUAACGAUUGGGCAGCGGUUCCUAGCAAAUCCUCUUCGGGUACGGUUUCACUAUGGACAUCCGGACCUUUUUGACAGGAUAUUUCAUAUAACACGAGGUGGAAUAAGUAAAGCAUCGAAGAAUAUCAAUUUGAGUGAGGAUGUAUUUGCUGGAUUUAAUUCUAUACUGCGCCAGGGCCAUGUAACUUACAAUGAAUAUAUGCAAGUUGGCAAAGGUCGUGAUGUAGGGCUCAACCAGAUAUCAAAAUUUGAAGCAAAAGUGGCAAAUGGAAACAGUGAACAAACUCUUAGUCGUGACAUUUACCGCCUUGGGCAUCAUUUUGAUUUCUUCCGGAUGCUUUCAUUUUAUUUCACUACUGUUGGAUACUAUUUUAACAACCUUGUGUCAGUCUUUGGGGUGUAUGUAUUCCUAUAUGGGCAGCUAUAUCUUCUUCUAAGUGGGGUGGAAAGGGCAAUCAUUCUUGAUACUCGACUGCAGAACAUUAUAUCUUUAGAAACUGUGCUUGCAACUCAGUCUUUCCUCCAACUAGGGCUUCUUACUGGAUUGCCAAUGGCGAUGGAACUUGGCCUGGAAAAGGGAUUUUUAUCAGCCAUCAGCGAUUUCAUUCUCAUGCAAUUGCAACUUGCUUCUGCUUUUUUCACAUUUUCUCUGGGAACAAAGGCACACUAUUUUGGCCGAACUAUUCUUCAUGGUGGGGCCAAAUACAGGCCAACUGGCCGUAAAUUUGUAGUUUUCCACGCAGGGUUCACAGAGAACUAUCAGUUAUACUCUCGGAGCCACUUCGUUAAAGGAUUUGAAUUGAUCUUCCUCUUGACAAUUUAUAAUUUGUUUAGAAUGUCUUACGAGAGCAACAUAGCAUACAUGAUGAUCACAUACUCCACAUGGUUCAUGGCCAUAACUUGGCUCUUUGCACCAUUUAUUUUCAAUCCUUCUGGUUUUGCUUGGCGGAUGAUUGUAGAGGAUUGGGCUGAUUGGAACAAGUGGAUGAACAAUGUGGGGGGCAUUGGUGUGCAACCAGAGAAGAGCUGGGAAUCAUGGUGGAAUGCUGAGAAUGCUCAUCUGCGUCAUUCUGGACUGUGUUCUAAAAUUGUUGAAAUACUACUUUGCCUUCGUUUCUUCAUCUAUCAAUAUGGAUUGGUUUAUCACCUUGACAUAUCUCAAGAAAACAAAAACAUAGUUGUUUACAUGCUAUCAUGGUUUGUAAUAGUUGCUGUAUUCUUACUAGUCAAGGUAGUUGGUGAGGGAAGUCGACGACUCAGUGCAAAUCACCAUCUCAUUUUCCGGUUUCUGAAGCUGCUUAUAUUUCUCUCUGUGCUUGUUGGCAUAUUUACCAUGUUGAGCGUUUGCCAACUAUCCAUUAUGGAUCUGGUGGUAUGUUGCCUUGCAUUUCUUCCAACCGGCUGGGGAUUGUUGUCAGUAGCUCAAACUUUAAGACCCAAGAUUGAGGAAUAUGGACUAUGGGAAUCAGUAAAAGUUAUUGCUCAAGCCUAUGAUUAUGGAAUGGGUGGUUUGCUUUUUAUACCCAUUGCAAUGCUCGCAUGGAUGCCCUUAAUCUCUGCAAUCCAAACUCGAGUUCUUUUCAACCAGGCAUUUACACGGCAAUUACAGAUUCAUCCAAUUCUUUAUGGAAAGAACAAGAACAGGUGAUUUAUAGGUUUUGUUUGGGUUGACUUUCUUAUUGCUUCUUAAAAUAGCUUCUUAGUAUAAAAGUUUAAAUUUUUAUACUAGGAAAUUGCUUUAAAAAAUAGUAAAAAAGUUGUCCCAACGAAUGCAUAAUCUUGGACUGCUAUUACUUUCGCUGAAAGCAUUCAUUGUGAUUUUCAGCUUUCUGUAUAGGCCUUAUGUAAGUGCCAAUGCCUAUGACAGUUUACAAUUCAAUAUUAAACCUUUAUUAUAUUAUAUUUCCUGAUUCAUCUCUUAAAAUUUUGAAGGUUGGAGAUUA